UUGUCUCUCUUAUGCCAUGAAGCAGAUGUUACUGAUCAGUGUGCCAGGCAACUGUGUCUAAUGUGCAAAGCCCCGAGGUACAAGGGAAAGCGUGGUGUUCGGCCGGUUCUGGGGAGUGCUUGCUUCACCCCAGCUGCAGCCUCCUGCCACGCUCCCUUCUGCUUCGUGUCACCCAAUGCUCAAGGCGUGCUCCCAUCAUGGGACUUGACGCUGAGAGACUACGCACACCGGGCAAUUAAAAAGUUGAGUGGUCAACAACUCAUUUAUAACAUGUUCCGGCUGGGGACUCCCUGUGGCACUGUGAAGGCAGGGAGCAAGGGAGAGAGUAAAAAGAAAUGCUGUGCUAAGGCUAUAGUUGAUUUUACCUUUUGUUUUUAAAGGAUGUUUUUAAGCUGCUGUGCAAACCAAAGAAAUGUGUGAAUAGAUACGAAACCAGGGAGACCUCAGUGCCAUUACAUACUCCCUCUGUGACCAGCAAUGUAAAAUGCUCAGUUCUACUUGCAUUAUCCACGCUGGCUAACUGUUUCUCUCAGAUAGGCUAAGAGUAGUAUAAAAAUGCAAAUCUUACUCUGCUGAAGUUAAUGACAAAUCUCUUAUUGCCUUAUAUGGGAUACGUUUCAAGGAUUUUGUAACUACCUAGAAAAUGGGGCAGUGACAAGCAGAUGAUCUCAGCGUGAAAAGCGAUAUUCCAUUCUCGGUCUGUGGCUCUAGCCAGCCGUACUAGUCCAGAUAUUUACAUGACAGACUGCUAAUUUAGAAUUACUGUAUUACUAAUUACAAAUGCUAGAUUAGAUAUGCUGAGGUGUUCUAGGUCUGCUCUUAAAUGCUGGUUCAUGGUCUCCUCUGUUGUUUGGUAUAAGAAAGAUUCAAGCAAUAAUCAUUUGGUGUUAAAAUAGGAUAAUGUAAAAAGUCUGUGCAAAUAUAUUUGAAGUGUAUUCAACACCUUUUAAAUACAGGCUUUGAAAGAAACCAUGCAAUUGCAGCUCUGUUUUAUAUCAAAAGCAUGGUUACUUACACUGCUGCUGAUUAUUUUCCUUGUCUUAGAAUUAUUUCAGGAAGGUAAUAAAAGCAAACUGAUUUAUUAUCUGACAGCCUCAGUCCAGGUUUCAGUAGAAAAACAGAAGCUGCUGUAGGUGUGCAUAAACACCCCAAAUUCAGACCAAUCACACUAAGUACUUUAUUUAAAUUUGCCUGUUGAUUCCUUUUACCUUGCAUUUCUCCUUUGUGCCCAGACUUAUCCAUAAGGCUUGUGGGAUUUUUGUCUUCCCUUCAUUCUACCUACCUUCCCUGAGACCAUUCUCAAGAAAAAUACUCAGGAAAGCCCAAGAACCUGACCCAAGAACAAUGCCACAAUGUCCUUUAGUGUGUGCCUUUUAGCGAUGCCAUUUAUAAUUCAGCUUUGGUCCCACAGGUCUGAGACGUUGCCUUGAGCUUUGCUAAUCCUUACCUGAUGCAAGAGGUUGCAUUGCAUAAAGCAUGAGUAUGUUGGGCCCCCAUCUGAGCAGCCAUCUGGCAAGGUGGAAGUGGGCAAGGAGACCUGUGCUGCCUGGGAGCAAUGUGUCUGGGGCAGACCUGGGGCACUUUAGUGUGCAAUGCUGGCUGCUGCAGCAAGUUGGUUCAAAUGAGUGUAGCAACAACAAUUAUGUGAUCAAUGUGAUGCUUAUGAAUUGCUCGGACUUCCCAUCAACUACUGAUAAUUUGAAAUUAGCGGUGAAGCAAGCCUUGAAAAGGAUACAAAAUGAAUUCCAGAUGACAGGGGAGAAUGUUACAGUCAAUGCCACCUUCCACACCUUUACCUCAUCACUCUAUGUCUCACAAGGCUGUCGUACCAGCACCUGUGAAGGCGUGGAGCUUAUCAAGGAAAUUUAUGAUACUGGCACACUUGGCUGUGUCAUCAUAGGACCCGCUUGCACUUACGCCACCUACCAAAUGGUCUCAGUUGAAACAAUACUGAGCCUGCCUCUGAUCUCUGUAGGGAGUUUUGGACUGUCCUGUGACUACAAAGUAAACCUAACCCGCCUUUUGACCCCAGCCAGGAAAGUAAAUGAAUUCUUCUAUUAUUUUUGGAAAGAAUCUCAGCUGCCGUUCAAAACCACAACUUGGGAAUCUGCCUACAUUUACAAGAGGAAUGAAAACUCGGAGGCGUGCCUCUGGUACAUGAAUGCGCUAGAUGCUGGAAUCACACAAUUCUCUGAAAACCUGAAGUUCAAGGAGAUUUUAAGGACUCCAGAGCAGCUUAAAAAAACUGUGCAAGAUCCAAACCGGAAAAGCAAUGUGAUCAUCAUGUGUGGUUCUCCAGCUGACGUCAGCACAGACCUAGGGACGGGGGAAGUGGAUAAGGACAUUGUUAUCAUCCUGAUAGAUCUCUUCAAUAACACGUACUUUAGGAACAACAGCUCAGUCCAUUACAUGCAGAAUGUACUUGUCCUGACUCUGCCACCAGAUAAUUACAGCUUGAAUACCAUGAAGACUGAGGAUGCCAUCCUGAUGGAAGAUGACUUUUUUGUUGGCUAUUUUAAUGCUGUCUUACUGUUUGGACAUAUUCUGAAGAAAUUUAUCUUCUCCCAGAUCCCAGUGUCACCCCUCAGUUUCAUCAAUGAAUUCCGAAAUACCACUUUUGAAGGUGUACUGGGUCCUGUGACUCUAGAUGAAUUUGGGGACAUUGAUACCAAUUUGACUCUGCUGUACACGUCACAGACUGCAAAUCAUUUCAGAACUCUUCUGUAUUUCAACACUCAAAAGAAUGAGACUCGCGCAAUGACUACCAGUCCGGAUUUUGUCUGGAAGAACAACAAGCUUCCCAGUGAUACUCCAGGCUCUGGCCCACACAUCUUGACCAUUGCUGUCUUUACACUCACGGGAAUUGUGAUUCUGGUUUUGAUCAUCUCUUUGAUGAUUCUAAGGAAGUACAGGAGAGAUAAUGAGCGUCGGUGGAAGAAAUGGUCCCAUAUACCGCCUGAGCAAAUCUUGCCUCUGGAGACCAGUGAGACAAGUCAUAUUAGUUUGAAGAUCGAUGAAGAUAAGAGACGUGACACCACCCAGAGACUGCGCCAAGGCAAAUAUGACAAGAAGGUAGUGAUCCUAAAGGAUCUCAAACACAAUGAUGGUAAUUUCUCAGAGAAGCAAAAAAUAGAACUGAACAAGCUCCUGCAGAUUGAUUAUUACAACCUGACCAAGUUCUAUGGCACUGUGAAGAUAGACACCAUGAUCUUUGGGGUGAUUGAGUACUGCGAAAGAGGUUCUCUGCGGGAUGUUUUAAAUGAUAAAAUCUCCUACCCUGACGGCACAUUCAUGGACUGGGAAUUUAAAAUCUCCAUCAUGUACGAUAUUGCCAAGGGGAUGUCUUACCUGCACUCAAGCAAAACUGAAGUCCAUGGCCGACUCAAAUCCACAAACUGUGUGGUAGACAACCGCAUGGUAGUGAAGAUCACUGAUUUUGGCUGUAAUUCAAUUCUGCCUCCAAGGAAAGACCUGUGGACAGCUCCUGAGCAUCUCCGUCAUGCUGAUGUAUCUCAGAAGGGUGACGUGUACAGCUAUGGGAUCAUUGCCCAAGAAAUCAUCCUACGCAGGGAGACCUUCUACACUGGACACUGCCGGGACAACAAAGAGAAACUUUACAGAGUAGAGAGCGGCAAGGGAGUGAAGCCUUUCCGACCAGACCUGACCUUGGAAACAGUGGGAGAAAGACAGAUGGAAGUGUAUACACUAGUGAAGAGCUGCUGGGAGGAAGAUCCAGAGAAAAGGCCUGACUUUAAGAAAAUUGAGAGUACUCUGGCUAAAAUAUUCAGUAACUACCAUGGCCAGACCAAUGAAAGCUACAUGGAUACCCUGAUCCGUCGUCUACAGCUGUAUUCCCGGAACCUGGAGCACCUGGUGGAGGAAAGGACAGAGCUAUACAAAGCAGAGCGAGACAGAGCAGACAGGCUUAAUUUCAUGUUACUUCCAAGGCCAGUAGUAAAAUCUUUGAAGGAGACUGGCCUGGUAGAGCCAGAGCUAUUUGAAGAAGUCACUAUCUACUUCAGUGACAUUGUUGGCUUCACCACACUCUGCAAAUACAGCACCCCUAUGGAGGUGGUAGAUAUGCUGAAUGAUAUCUACAAGAACUUUGACCACAUUCUUGACCAUCAUGAUGUUUACAAGGUGGAGACCAUUGGUGAUGCUUACAUGGUGGUGAGCGGUUUACCAAACAGGAAUGGCAACCGGCAUGCAGUAGACAUCUCCAUGAUGGCUCUGGACAUCCUCAGCUUCAUGGGAUCUUUUGAACUGAGACAUCUGCCGGGUCUGCCUGUUUGGAUUCGCAUUGGAAUUCACUCUGGUCCAUGUGCGGCUGGUGUGGUUGGAAUAAAAAUGCCUCGUUACUGUUUGUUCGGAGAUACGGUGAACACAGCUUCGCGGAUGGAAUCCACAGGCUUGCCUUUAAGGAUUCAUGUAAGUGGUUCCACUAUUAAUAUCCUGAAAAGAACAGACUGCCAGUUCCAGUAUGAAGUGAGAGGAGAAACGUACUUGAAGGGCAGAGGAACAGAGAUUACCUACUGGCUGACGGGUACUGAGGACAAGAAAUACAAUCUCCCAACACCUCCUUCUGUGGAGAACCAGCAGCGGUUACAAGCUGACUUAGCAGAGAUGAUAACCAAUAUUCUUCAGAAAAGGGAAAACGAAGGAUCCAAGAUGCGGGAGCUUUCACGGGUAGCUAGCUACCGAUCAGGUACCCUGGAAUACCUGCAACUGGUCAGCACAGAGAAUUCUGCCACAUAUCUUUAAAACUGGAUGUCUAGUAUGGCUCAAAAAGCUGCAGCAACUCUCUGGAGUACUUAAUGUGAAGGCUGGAGGCUUACACUCUCAGCUAGAGGAGAAAGAAAAUGCCUUUUCAAGCAUCCUUUCUACCAUCUGACCUGCUAUCAGUAAAUCAAACCUCUCUUCACUGUAACGUUGAAAUUAUCGGGUGACUUCAGUAGGACACAUGCAGCCCGAUUUGAGCUAAAUGAAAAUAUCUGCACUUGAGUCUGGAAUAUAGUGGGUUUUUUUGUUUUGGUUAGUUUUUAAAUGUGAUAGCCUGUUCAAUAAUCCACUUCCGAAAAUAUUCACAGCAAAGCCUUAAUUUGUCAUGAUUUUUAAAUGUUGUAUUUAAUUUGUAAUUUUUAUCUGAAGAAAGAUUUGCUGUAAUAUAUUUGAAAAUAACA